CUGUUUUAGGACAGCCCCCUUUUAGCAGAUGUUAGCCUCUCACUAAAACUCAACUUAAACUCAAUCAGCUGUAGUGAGCACUCCAGUCACUCAGUGCCUCUUUGUGUUCCCUGUUGUCCUCCACCUCCUGCACACCUAGCAAGCUCCACAGGACAAACAUCAGCCAUGGACAAUGAUGAAAACUCAUUUAAGGACUUCUUGAACCUACUUGAUGAUGAGGAGAACACAACUGACCCGAGCUAUGUAAUCAGUGAAACUGUCAAGUUCUGUACAAAGACAACUGUCAAUGAGUUUGGUGCAAGAUUCAUCCCAGUUUUCUACUAUGUCAACUUCCUCUUGAGUUACCUUGGCAACGGGCUUGUCCUCUUCAUCAUCUACAAGUAUGAGAAGCUCAACACAGUGACAAACAUCUUCCUCCUGAAUUUAGUCCUCUCCAACAUUCUCUUUGCCACCAGUCUCCCUUUCUGGGCAACCUACCAUCUGUCUGAGUGGAUUUUUGGCAAGGCUCUGUGUAAGAUAGUCAGCAGCGCCUACUUCAUUGGCUUCUACAGCUCCAUCCUCUUCCUCACACUCAUGACAUUUGACCGAUACCUCGCAGUGGUGCAUGCAGUGGCAGCUGCUAAGAGCAGGAAAAAGGUGUAUGCAAUCAUCAGUUCAGUGGUAGUUUGGUGCAUUAGUGUUGUGGCAAGUGUGAAAGAGCUGGUUCUCCAAAAUGUGUGGGAGAGUCCAUAUUCUGGACUGAUGUGUGAGGAGUCAGGAUUCCCUGAGAGCACUAUGGAGCGCUGGCGUCUGGUCAGUUAUUACCAACAAUUCCUGCUCUUCUUCCUCCUCCCUCUGUUCAUGGUGAUGUACUGCUACAUCAGCAUCACCGUCCGCAUCCUGUCCACCCGCAUGAGAGAGAAGUGCCGUGCCAUCAAGCUUAUAUUUGUCAUCAUCUUCACUUUCUUUGCCUGCUGGACACCCUACAACAUCGUCAUCCUCCUUCAAGCUAUACAGAUCUCCAGCACCAGUGAGGCCAGAGAUGAGUGUUCUGACUCUGAGAGCUUGGACUACGCCUUAUAUGUGACCCGGAACAUAGCCUAUCUGUAUUGUUGCAUUAGUCCUGUGUUUUAUACAUUUGUUGGAAAGAAGUUCCAGAGCCACUUCAGAAGGCUGAUAGCUAAGAAGAUCCCCUGUCUGAAGAGACACAUUAGCCUCAGCAGCCAGAGCACCAGAACCACAUCACAGAGAACUGCUUAUGAGUACUAGACAGAAAGACUCACUCACACACACACACACACACUGCACAAUCAUCUGCAAUGUAAACACUUUUCACACACACUCUUUGGCAUGAAUUGAGAAUACAAGUUGUUAAGAUUUAGAAAUAAAUAUUAUCAGCAUUACAAGAAAACUGAGGUUGCAACAACAAAAAAGUGAGCCCUGAUAACACAAGAUCUUUUUCUGAUUUAUCUCAUUACAACAUCCAGAAAGGUCAAUUUACUUGUGUUCUUUAAUUGGGGAAUGGCAUGAAACCACAUCUCCAAGUUUACCAUUAACUUCAUUAGAUAAACUUGUCAGUUUGAAGACUACUCAACUUAAAUCAUCUAGUUCUCACAUUUAGAUUGCCAGGUUUUAUCAUACUUAUUGUAGCAUAGGCUACGCUGUAUUUGUGCAAAGAGAUUCUUCUUAUUUGAAAGAGGUGACUAUGAUGAGAGUUUUUUUUGUGUCUUUAUAUUUGUCUUUACCAUCAGUUUUACCAGCAAUAGCUUCCGUAUAAAAUUGCAAAGUGACUCUGCUGUUGAUCAUGUGUAGGUAUAAUGUGGAAAUGGUUUUGUUUAGUAAAGGCUGGCUUACCAGACAUGCAAAUCAAUUAAUUCCAAGGCCUCAGAAAAAAUGGUUUGAGGUAAUUUCAUUGAAAAUUCAAGGCCUGUAUAAUCUGAUAAGAUAAGGUUCUUAAAGGUUAGGACCAGUCUUUUCUAUAUUACUCUUACUGUCAAUGAAUCCCAUGAUAACCAGUACUCUCUGGCUCAGUACUCUAGCAGUGGGUCUCAGUCCCUUUAGUUCCUACUAGUCCUACUUGACUUUUUAAAAGGCCUCAAAUGGAGAAAUCCACAAAUGCUAGUUAUUACUGACACCUGUGGCCUCUGUCCUGUUGCUCACCCUCUCAUGCAUAUGCUCUGUAAGUAGGUGUACGCAAUCAUGCUAAUGUUCUUACUGACACUGUUACCAGUCCUCACUGUGGCCUUGCUGGGUGUGUACAAGUCGUAGUAUGACCAUUGGUGAUAACGUUCCUGAGCCAACAAGCAAAGGUUAGCCAGGUAGCUGUAAAUUAGCUACACUGCAGGGAUCCAGCAUUGGUUUGUUGGCUGAUUAAGUAAUUAUCAAACAGCAAGCUUCUCAACUUACUAGCUAGAUCAGCCCCAGGGGUUUGAAUGAAUUAGUAGAUGUUAUCCACUCAGCACAGUAGUUUGCUACCGAUUUGUCCAUGUUAGCAGGAAAGCUAACAUCAGAAAGAAUUUGCUAAAUACCACAGUAUCACAACAGAUUUCACAGGCUUUGGAGUGAUGUUAGCUCAUCUGUCCAAUAGUAGAGCCAGCUCGGGGUCGGUUUUGAUCCCCAAAGUGGGACAAAGGCCCCUCCAUGAAUUAAAAACCCUGCUGACCCUAAUUUUCCCCUGAGCUGUCAUCAUUCAUGUAUGGCCAACUGGACUUUAUGAAAUGAAGUUUUCUGUUUUGUGUUUGUGUUUUUCUUGGUGCUGGUUGUUUUGUGACAGCGAUGGCUAACGAUAGUACACUGUUGGAGCUGUAGCGGCGCAGAAGAGAGGCCUUAAUUGUAUCAAAGCACAUGGAAGUGAGCAUCCUUACAUAGUUACAUAGAAAUUAGUCUACAGGCUAUUAUAGGCAAUGGAGAAGGUCAGGGAAUGGCAAAUCUUUUAUGUCCCAUUACAGUCUUUUCACACAUUGGCAAUAAAAAAGGAAAUUAUUACAUGUAGAUUGCUUCAAAUUCUCCCAUACAGUACCUUUAAGUGCUGUGCUGAAAUAACUGGACACUGGUUUUUAGUGAGCAUUAUUCAAAUACAUGCUUGCCUAGUGGGUUGUGUCCAUAAACUUUAAAUGACACGAUAGUUGAGGCAGACCCCCAGCAGCAAAGUGAAGGACAUAGGCAGUUGUCCAUGUUUCUGUGUGCUGCUUGAUGAUUAACACAUCUGCUUCAGACCUGCUCUUGGUCUGGUGUUUCAGUCUUGUUGAUUUGAUGUGCAUGAUAGUGCAUGUUUGUAAUAUUAUGUCCAAGUGCUUUAAAAUUAAAUGUUUUUAACCUUCCAAUAAAUAUGAUAAUCAAACUUA